AUGCACCUUCGUGGAGUUUUCCGUGCGGCAAAACUGCCAAGAGGCCAAGGCGCGAUCGGCACCAAGUGGGUGUUCAAGAUCAAGCGCAAAGCGGAUGGAUCGGUCGAGAAAUACAAGGCGCGUCUCGUUGCCAAGGGCUUCAAGCAGAAGUACGGCAUCGACUACACAGAGACGUUCUCGCCCGUGGUCAAGUACGUGACACUGCGUAUGGUGAUCGCGAUCACCAAGUAUUUCGACUGGCCACUGGACCAACUCGAUGUGGUGACAGCCUUUCUCUACGGAGUGAUGAAGGAGAAGGUGUACUGCGUGAUACCAGAAGGCGUCGAGAUGGAUGGCGACUUCGACUGUCUCGAGUUGGUGAAGGUGAUCUACGGUCUCAAGCAAGCUUCACGUGUGUGGAACGAGACUUUCGACGAGUUUGUAUGCUCUAUCGGUUUCGAGGCGUCGGCGUUCGACCCAUGUCUCUACAUCAAGGUUGUCGACGGUCACUGUGUGCUCGUGCUGGUCUACGUGGAUGACGUGUUGGUCACCGGCAGCUCGCUCGAGUUGAUUGCGCAGACGAAGGCCGACCUCAAGACGCGUUUCGAGAUGACCGACAGUGGCAAGUGUACUUUUGUACUGGGCAUCGAACUGGUGGAUGAAUCGGAUGGCAGCGUGACGAUGUGCCAGCGACGGUAUGUCAACGACAUCCUCAAGCGCUUCGGCAUGGAUGAGUGCAAGGCCACAGCAAGUCCGGUCGACUUGAGCACUCGGCUUGUCGCAAGCACCGAAGCGGCCAAGAUCGACGUUCCGUUUCGUGAAGCUGUGGGAGCUUUGAUGCACUUGACGACUGCGACGCGCCCGGACAUUGCGUAUGCUGUGGGGUACGUCUCGCGCUUCAUGGAGAGUCCGCAGCAAGAACAUUGGACGGCGGUGAAGCGCAUCUUUCGUUACUUGCAAGGGACCAAGUCGCACGGACUCCGCUUCCAGCCAAGCGACAAGAUCGACUUUCGUGGCUACUCGGACGCGGACUGGGCCGGCGACCACGCUGAUCGCAAGUCGACUUCGGGUUACACUUUCAUGCUGAUGGGUGCUCCUGUGAGUUGGGGAAGCAAGAAGCAGUCAAGUGUGUCGCUGUCGACGAGUGAAGCGGAAUACAUCGCACUGAGUCUGGCCAUCCAGGAAGGCAAGUGGGUGCAUCGCCUGCUAUGCGAGAUUUUGGCGGCCGCAAACGAACCAGGACCGGACCUCGUCAUCCGUGAAGACAACCAGUCGUGCAUCAAGAUGACGAAGAAUCCGGUGAAUCAUGGCCGCGCCAAGCACAUCGACAUCAAGUACCAUCACAUCCGUGAUGAGGUCAAGCGCGGUGAAGUGAAGCUCGAGUAUUGCGAGACUUCCGUGAUGAUGGCGGACAUCAUGACCAAGGGACUUUCGGGACCUCGUCACAAGGACUUGACGACGGCUCUCGGCAUUCGUGCGAGUUCGGAUUGA